UGCCAAUUCGAUUGCUGCUGACCGCUUCCAACCGAGAAACACUCACACCCUCACUGCAGAACAUCCCACUCUUCCCUCUAACCUACCUACAAUUCCGAAACAAAAAUUAGAAACAAAGACAUAUUCAAGAAAAAUAAGCGCAGAUCAAAAUCAUCAACAUGUCCAACAACCUAUCGAUUGAAGGCGUUAAAAGCUCGGCGAUCAUCGAAGCCGUCGCCCUUGGCAUCUCCAAGAUGGACGAAGCAGAGAAGAAAAAGCAAAUGAAAGCGAUCAAUGGGAUCUUCCAAAUGAAUGUGAAGAGUGCAGGAGGAAAGGAAGGCACAUGGACGAUCGACUUCAAGAAGGAAGGAAAAGUCUACCAAGGUCCAGCUAAACCGAAGGCGGAUGUAACGAUCAACUUGUCAGACGACACUUUCCAGGCAUUGGCAGAUGGGAAGUUGAACGGCCAAAAGGCCUUCAUGGGGGGCCAGUUGAAAGUCAAAGGAAAUAUCAUGCUGGCUACUAAGUUAGACGUCUUAUUGAAGUCGGCCAAAUCGAAACUAUAACACGGUAACUGGGUUUUCUCAAGACAAGCAAUCCGUCAUCUGUUUUCUAUCUACAAUUUGCAACCUUUUUUUAAAAACAAAUUCAAUGGAGUUGGAUCCCUUCAUGGCAGCUCUUUUUAAUGUCUUAAUCCAUUUCUUCUCAGAUCCAUUCGCAGUUUUUUCUUUUUUCUAAUUAUCCUAUUGUCUACAUAUGCUCUUGAUCGUUUUGAAAAAUUCAAUACAUGUAUUAUUUAUCCAUUGAAA